AGACGCUGCGUUUUGCUUCAAGCCGUUAGUGGUCUUUCGAUCGUGCAACGAUGCCUCCUAAAGCGAGUGGUAAAGCCGUAAAGAAGGCCGGCAAGGCUCAGAAGAAUAUCAGCAAGACUGACAAGAAAAAGAAGAGGAAGAGGAAGGAGAGCUAUGCUAUCUACAUCUACAAAGUACUGAAACAAGUACAUCCCGAUACUGGAAUCUCUAGUAAAGCCAUGAGCAUUAUGAACAGCUUCGUAAACGAUGUGUUUGAACGAAUUGCCGCGGAAGCCUCAAGAUUGGCGCAUUACAACAAGCGAUCGACCAUCACCUCCCGGGAGAUACAAACUGCCGUAAGGCUUCUCUUACCCGGAGAAUUGGCUAAGCACGCGGUCAGUGAAGGUACAAAGGCAGUGACUAAAUACACUAGUUCCAAGUAAAUUGGGAUUCAUUCCGAGCAUA